AGCGUGUAGGCCUACAUUCCAUAAUCCCAUCGGAUUUAGCUCUGUUUUUACAUUUUCAAAAUAAACUUUUUUUAUAUAUCAAUAAAUACAGUAAUCGUGAUAUCCCUUGGUCUCAGUGUGCUAUAAAACUUUGAUUACUUAAGCGAUUCUAUUCUUAGCGGAUCGUGCUUUGGAAAACCCCUUGAAUUUCUAUUUAUAGUAACGAGUUGUUGUAUUUUUUUGGUUGAUGGAUCCGGGCAAGUGAUUGAUAAUUCUGGCCCAUAAUUACCAGUAGAGUCAAAUUUAAAACGGGCCGCCUGAGUUCUCAGUUUGAUUCGUGUCACGUUUUGCUGUGUGUUAGCACACAGUGAGAGACGAGUGUGUAUGUGUAGAGGGGAACAGUCAGCACAGUGUGUAGCUGGUGUGUAGCUGGAUAACCCGUGGAUUACUUCUUUGUGUCGUGGUGGAUGUUAAGUGGUCACAACACAUCCAGUCAAGAUGAAGCAGACGACCCGCUGGAAUCCCCAGUCCUCCACACAGAUCAACGCAGCCGGAAGUCGCCGGAACAGUGCCAUGCCGGGCACCGGCUUUAUCCGGGUCAAGCUGCUCCAGGCUGAGGUCAGCCCCGGGCCGGACCCGGAAGAUCCGUUCCUGGCGGUCAAUGUCAAGGAGUCCACAGAGAUCCCAGGGCGUGGCGUCCAGCUAGUCCAGAGGAAGAAGACGCUCUACCCCAAGUGGAACUCCUGCUUCGAUGCUCACCUCUACGACGGCCGCGUCAUCCAGAUGAUUCUCAUGGAGAAGCCAAACAAGAGCAUCGCGGAGAUCAGCAUCGGCGCCAAGAUGUUGGCGGACAGGUGUAAUGGGGGCACCACCAGCGGGCCCAUUUGGUUGGAUCUGAAGCCGUCCGGUCGUCUGCAGAUCCUGGUCAGAUUUUACCCGGAGACCAACGGAGACGAGAUGAUCCCCACCCAAAAGCAACAGUUUGUCCGGCGUGGUGCCAUGAAGCAGCAGAAGGUUCACGAGGUCAAAGGUCACCAGUUCAUAGCCAAGUUCUUCAGGUCCCCGACCUACUGUUCUUUCUGCACCGAGUUCUUAUGGGGACUGAACAAACAAGGGUACCAAUGUCAGAUGUGCAACUGUGCCGUCCACAAGAAGUGCCACGACAAAAUUUUGGGAAAAUGUCCCGGCAACGCUAAAGACAGUCGUGAAACCAUGCUGUUGACUGAGAGGUUCAACAUCAACGUACCACACCGUUUCCGCAUCAACAACUACAUGUCUCCAACCUUCUGUGACCACUGUGGCUCCAUGUUGUUCGGGCUCUUUAGGCAGGGCCUCAAGUGUGAAGUGUGCGGCAUCAACUGCCACAAGAAGUGUAAGAUGUACAUGCCCAACCUGUGCGGCAUCAACCAGAAACUGCUGGCAGAGGCCCUGCAACAGGUCAGGGUGACCACCACACCUGACAAGAAGAAGAUGCAUCAAUCGCCUGUCACAGGCAGUACGUCACUGCUGACCCCCGGGGAAGAAGAUGAGGACAGCGACAACGACUCCUACCACACCGUAUGGGACACAGACGAGGUUCCCAGCAGUCUGGUGGCGCCAGCUGUACAGCUCAGGAAGUUCAAGGCCGAGGAAUUCAACUUUCUCAAGGUGCUAGGCAAAGGCAGCUUUGGCAAGGUGAUCCUGGCUGAGCUGAAAGAGAGCGGGACCUACUUCGCCAUCAAGGCCCUGCGUAAGGACGUGGUCCUGGAGGACGAUGACGUGGAGUGCACUAUGAUAGAGAAGCGGGUGCUGGCCAUUGGCUGCAAACAUCCUUUCCUCACCCACCUGCACAGCACUUUUCAGAGCAAGAGCCACCUGUUUUUUGUCAUGGAGUACCUGAAUGGAGGUGACCUGAUGUUCCACAUCCAAGUCUCAGGAAAGUUUGAUUUCUCCCGAGCUCAAUUUUAUGCAGCUGAGAUAGUCUGUGGACUUCAGUUUCUACACAAAAAUGGAAUCAUUUACAGAGAUCUGAAGCUGGAUAAUGUGAUGCUGGACAAAGAUGGUCACAUCAAGAUUGCUGACUUUGGCAUGUGCAAAGAGAAAAUUUUUGGAGAAAAUCGUGCUUCAACUUUUUGUGGGACCCCAGACUACAUAGCCCCAGAGAUUUUAAAAGGUGCCAAAUACAACGCCUCUGUGGACUGGUGGUCAUUUGGUGUUUUGUUGUACGAGAUGUUGAUUGGUCAGUCACCUUUCCACGGCGACGAUGAGGACGAUCUGUUCCACUCCAUCCUCCACGACACGCCCAGAUAUCCUCAUGCCACCGCCAAGGAGGCUGUCACCAUGAUGAGUCUACUGUUUGAGAGGAACCCACCUGACCGGCUCGGCAUGCCCACAUGUCCCGCUGGACCAAUCAACUCUCACCCGUUUUUCCGCAACAUUGACUGGGAGAAACUUGAAACAAGACAAAUCCCCCCACCAUUCAAGCCUAAAAUUAAAAAUGCAAGUGACAGCUCCAACUUUGACUCUGACUUCACGUCUGAGAAGGCCGAGCUGACCCCGACUGACCCCGCUCUGCUGCAGACCAUGAACCAGAAUGUCUUCAAGCACUUCUCAUUCACCAGCGCUGAAGCCCUCAGAUCAUGAUCUUGUGCUGUAGAUCAUGAUCUUGUGCUGUAGAUCAUGAUCUUGUGCUCCAGAUCAUGAUCUUGUGCUGUAGAUCAUGAUCUUGUGCUGUAGAUUAUGAUCUUGUGCUGUAGAUGUUCAUGUGUCCACCUAGUGUGUGCAACCAUUCUGGAGCCGUGACAACCUGACUAUGCAGUGAGCCAACCCAGCCUUCAGAGCAGUGAGCCAUCAAACCCAGCAGUUUUUUUUUUCACAAACUCAAUUUUUUCAUUUUCAACUGACUCUACUCCACCCGUAUCUAGCCAGGGUCAAGUCUGGCACAGGCCAAACAGAUAAGUUGUAGAUUUCUUGAUUUUAACUUAAGAAAAUGUAUGUUGCUCUUGAUUUUAAAUUUACCUUAAAAUCAAGAGCAACAUACAUUUUCUCAACUAAAGGAAACUGUUACAUAAAUAAAUGAAAGCAAAUGCAACUGUGGAUAAUGUGUGUGUAGGCCAGCUUGUCUGUUGUUUGUUAAACCUACUUGACAGUAUUCCAAUGUGAAUGUUCGAGGUCUAUGCUGUUGGAUCAAAGAAAAACAUUUUGCUCAAUGUGCAUGAAUGUCAAGCAACAAGGGGUCAGAGUAUCCCAAAACUUUUGACACGUGUUAGAAAGUUUUCUUUUGACUGUAGAGCUGUUUUAAUCUGUUGAUCAUUUCACUCCAUGGUGCAUAAUCCUUUUAACCUGGUUUUAUUUUUGUUUGACACGCAUGAAUGAAUGACAUUUGAAAGUAGUUUGUAGACAGUAGACCUAAAUAAUAUGGUCAAAAUACCUGCUUCUUAUACUCAUUUAUUUUGAGGCUUAAUUUAUUAGAGAGACUUUACCUGUCAGCUGUCCUGGAAAAUUGUAUUCAUCUCAGAGAAAUGACCACCAAACUUAGCAUAGACCACCAAACUUAGCAUAGACCACUAGACCACCAAACUUAGCAUAGACCACUAGACAACCAUCUCGUUUGUUAGUAAACUACCAAAGUUGACUACAAUGACGUCUGUUAUGAUAAAAACCUGAAUCAUUUAAAAAUCUGCUGAAUGUGCUUUAUCCAUUUUCAUUUAUGUCAAGUUUUUAUUUGUGGCUACAUUUUUAAAAUUAGUUUUGUGAUGCCUUUGAUAGUUUGUAAAAAGAUUAUAUCUAAGAUUAUAGUGAUGGUUUUGAGACUGAUUUUGACAUUUCUUUAAAUUUACAAAUACAUUAUUGAUAGAUUUAUCAAUGACAUUUAUCUAGCCUAUAUAUAUAUGUGUUUUUAUGACAUGAUUUGUACUAGAUCCUAUAUUGGUUUUAUAUAUACCACAACCACAACAGACACCUUGAGCAUAAGGGUGUCUUUUAUCAUUUAAUGUUCAUUUUGCAAUCAAAUUUUCAUCCAAUUGUUUUAUUUAGGUGGCAUAAAAGUCAGCCUAAACUACUAAGAGCUCACAUUUUUAACUAAAUCAACAAAUAUGACCUGAUGUUACUAAUACAUUUUUUAACAAAUCAUUAUUAAAGUUUUAUUGUGUUUAACACAAGCACACACUGAUUUUGACACAUGCACACAGAUUUUUAUCUUGAGCUCUAGCAUUUGUGUUCAUUAUUUUAUUUUAGCAUGCAGGUUUUAACCUGUUUCAUAUAUGUAUUUUAGUUUCAUUUAUUUGUAUGCGACAGAAAUUUUUUUUAAAAUACUCAAAGCAAACAUUUAGUUUUUAGAGUUUUUUUUGUCUUGGAUAAAUGACUACAAAGCACUUUUUGUCUUGGAUAAAUGAGUACAAAGCACUUUUUGUCUUGGAUAAAUGAGUACAAAGCACUUUUUGUCUUGGAUAAAUGACUACAAAGCACUUUUUGUCUUGGAUAAAUGAGUACAAAGCACUUUUUGUCUUGGAUAAAUGAGUACAAAGCACUUUUUGUCUUGGAUAAAUGACUACAAAGCACUUUUUGUCUUGGAUAAAUGACUACAAAGCACUUUUUGUCUUGGAUAAAUGACUACAAAGCACUUUUUGUCUUGCAUUAGAUCUUGAAUAAAACUCUUUAAGUCACAGUGUGUAUGUCGUCAAGUUGUUCUAUUCACUUAAAAACUAGAAAGAUUUUAAGUACACUACCAAGUACCGUUAUCUUACAAGUACUAGACUCUACUCCUACUAGAAUGAAUUUCAUAUAUGUAUGUAAUCAUUUUUUAAAUAUAAACACUCUUAAUGUCUUAUUAAGCUAUUAACAUUUUGACAUUUUUAUUUUUAAUUUAUCAAACAAAAAUUUGAUCAAUCGUAAAUCAAACUUUCUGACAAUUAGAUCAAGUUGGUUCUAGUUCUAGAUCUAGACUUGUUUUUUUCUGGCCACUAGAAUCUAGAUAUCAAGAUCUAAGAAUGGCCACUAGAAUCUAGAUAUCAAGAUCUAAGAAUGGCCACUAGAAUCUAGAUAUCAAGAUCUAAGAAUAAGAUUCCAGAAUGAGAAGGGUGGCGAAAAAUCAAAUGUCAUGUUCUGUAUAAAAUGCAUUAAUCCAGCUAUUUAUUAAAUCAUUAAAGAUAAAAUUUACAACACACAUUGUGUAUUUUCUU